UAGAACGUGAGGCUGCACGGGAGAGGCACAGUGCUAGAGACGGCUGCCUACUGUUUACAUCUGAUGUGUUGUCCUCAAUGGAACGCGUGAUGUAACUUUUUUCUUUGUUCUAAGUUUUCUUAUAAAAUGUGCAAACACUUAAUGGAUCUAGAUUCUUGGUGAGUUUUAGAUUUGUAAGUGUGAUACGGAUAGUGAGCGGAGAUACUAUUAUCAAUAUAUUUCAAAAUAACCCAGAUUUCGAUUCUGUUGUGUUUUUAAAUUAGAUUGUUACCUUACACUCAAUUAGUGUGAAUUUUAUUUGCGACAGUUACGCUGCAGAAAGAUUAAUGUAACUGCAUGCUUUUAAGAAAAAUCUCGUGAUAAGAAGACGCCAUUAAAAUGUGAAUUGGUCAAAACCAAAAUGUUUAGAUAAUUUACUGACUUUGGAAACGAAACAAAUCCUAUCAGAAAUGUCCACCUCCGACAUGUCUCUGGCAUCUGAGCACGUCCAGAGACUUCUGCAGUGCGCCGUUUGUCUUGAGAGAUUUAAGCAGCCCAAAAUUCUGCCUUGUCAGCACACGUUUUGCUUGACGCCUUGCCUCGAGGGGCUAGUGGACAGAAGAACCCGAUCAAUACGUUGUCCGGAAUGUCGUGCUGACCAUUUUGUGCCCCGUAACGGCCCAGCCAGUUUCCCCAACAAUCUGACAGUCAUUGGUUUCCUGGAGCUGUCCGGGCCGUCUGGGCGAGCCCUUGAGAACAUGUCGAGAAGCGAAGGAACCGAUGCCAUUCACUCUUCGAGUUCCUGGGAAGUGCAACAGUCUCAAAGAGAGUCCAGCCCACCGCUCGUGCCGCUGGGCACCACUGGUGCCGAAGGUGUGAGUUGUGCUGUCUGUCGAAGUGACGGCAGAUUCGCCAGGUGCUGUCACUGUGACCAGCUAGUUUGUGAGCAGUGCCGACAAUCUCACAUGCAACAGGUUAAAGCGGAUGUGACUAGGAUGGUAAGUCUCGUGAGACGUGGCUUGCCUCACAUCACAGAACAAAUCAUCGCCAUGGGCAGGAAACGAAACCAGCUGCAGAGCAACUGCGAAUGUGUCAAGUCCGAAAUCUCAGAAGCGUUUGAAAAACACAGCCGCGAGUUGAAAUCAAGGGAGAGAACCCUACGAGAAGACGUAGAGACGUUCUUCGCGAGUGAGCUUAGGAGCUUGAGGAGUCAUCAAGAAAAUGCUGAGAUUGAAAUCGCCAGCUUGUCCAGCUUUUGUGACUCUGUGGAAUCAGUUCUUAGCAUGAGCCGCCCUAUACCGGAUGGCGACCUAGUAGAGAUGAAAGGCCAGUGCUAUCAGCAUUUAGAAAGCGUUCAGUGUUACGAAGAUGGGACAACCAGACCGCCGAACGUUAAGCAGAUUCAAGCUUCUCUCGAGAGUCCUUUUCUGUCCUCAACGAUUGGUAAUUUCGGAGAUUUGAUUAUAACCACACGAAUAGCUCCGGCUCUAAGAGAUCUCGACGAUAACCCUACUCGACCCGAGCCAAUGUCAAGGUUGUACGCAUUAGCCCCAUCUCAGCGUAACCCUAGAGGUUUGAACGACGUUCAUCUGGAAGUAGCGUCAGUAUCUCCCGGCACCCCGAGGAGGCAGUUGUCGCCCUUGACAGAUCAGCCAGCGAAUAGACUGGGGGAAGACAGUGACGCAAGAGAAUCCCCCAGCUCCCCAGCGGUGUCGAGAAGGCCAUUAUCACCUUCUGCACGACUGAUGCAGGUUCGUUUCGGCGAAGAAGAAACGUUAGAGAGUAACCCGGUCUUUUCUCCAGUACAUUCGACACACCCGCAUAGACGGAGCAGAUAUGACAGGAGAUCUGAUACACGUCUCCCGACUUCAAGUAAUGGUCAAACAAUAUCACAGCAUAUGAAUGACAGGACACGUCAUCUAAGCCUUGGUGCUCUUCCGGUCACAAACGAAUACGACGACGAAACUCCGGUGAGUCGGUUCAUGGGAAGUAACCGACAAGAAAACAGAACGGAAGAUGUUGGAACUAGUCUUUCGGUUACAUUUCCUAGCACCCGAUCCUACAGCUUUCUUCUCCCAUCUCUUCGAAACCAAACUCCCUCGACAAAUGAAGAAGAAAGCGAGACAGAGCACGAAGACAUCCCGGCUUUCAACAGCAACAGUCCGAGUAUUUAUGUCAACUGCCCACGAAACAAGUACAACCAGAAAGGCGCGGCUGUGCUGAGAUUCGGAAAGAGGGGGAGCGAGGCGUCAGAAUUCACGUGGCCGCGGGGUGUUGCCGUAUCCCCCCUUGAUGACACCAUCUUUGUGUCCGACAGCAGCAACCACCGUGUUCAAGUUUUUGACAGCGCUGGAAGGUUACUGAACACCUUUGGGAGAUACGGCCAGGCGGAAGGGGAAUUCGAUUGCUUAGCAGGGUUAGCUAUAAACGGGUUAGGGCAAGUUAUAAUCGCUGACAGGUAUAAUCAUCGCGUUCAAGUGUUCGAUAGAAAUGGCCGCUUCCAGAGUGCAUUUGGUUGUGAGGGUUCUGGCGAAGGGCAGCUCAACUACCCCUGGGGAGUUGCCUGUGAUAAUAUGGGCUUUAUCUACGUUUGUGAUAAGGAGAAUCAUCGCGUCCAGGUGUUUCAGUCCAACGGUACUUUUGUGCGAAUGUUUGGCGAGUAUGGGUGCAGGACGGGUCAGUUUGAGAACCCGCAUUACAUUGCUGUCAGCCCUGACAAUAAAGUUUACGUCAGCGACAGCAGCAACCAUAGAGUGCAGGUCUUUAGCAUGUACGGAGAUUUCCUUUUCAGUUUCGGGACUUGCGGCUCCUUGAGAGGUCAGCUGAAAUUCCCCAGGGGAAUCGCCAUUGACAACCAGGGGUUCGUGGUGGUGGCUGAUAGUGGCAAUAACCGAAUACAAAUAUUUCGCGCAGACGGUAGAUUUUACUCCAUGUUUGGCAGUUGGGGCAAUGAAAAUGGUCAGUUCAAAGGGUUGGAGGGCCUUUCUAUUCUGGCCAAUGGAAACAUUGUGGUUAGCGACCGAGAAAAUCACCGCAUGCAAAUAUUUUAAUGUUGUUACGUGUAAAAGCCGACUUAAAUCAUUCAGUACUAAACUAACAUAUCUUGGAGAAACAGUAGCAUUAAAACAUAACUUUGCAAUAGUGUGCAUGAUGAAGCUGAGAUCAACCGGAUAAUUAAAACUAGUAAGACAUUUUUAGCCACUUGUAUAGCAUUUUAUCUGUAUACUUGGUAGCUUGUCAUUCUUCUUUCCCGAGGUCUCCUUAGUUGUAAUUUGUUGUUAAUAUUAAUAAAC